CCUGUACUCUUUGGCCGCUUUGGUCGCGCGUCUUUGUGUGGAGAAGAGAUGCGCUCUAUCCACAUAGGCGCGAUGGCGUCUCCACCGCCAAAGGAGCAAAAAAAUGGAGCUCCUGGAGCCAGGAUUCUCAGCAGCCGAAUGAUACCCGUCGAGGAGAUGAAGAGGGCGGCACUGAUUGAUCGCAGUGGCAAUGGAACCAGCCUGAAGAAGAUCCCGGAAAACGCUAAUGGCAAUGGAACCACCCUGAAGAAAAUCCCGGAAAACGCUAAUGGAAAUGGAGCUACUGGCUUGAGAAAAAUCUCGGAGAAUGGCAAUGAAGAUGGAGUUUCUAGUGGCACAAUCAAGCUGUCGGUCGACAUAGAAAACUCUUUCAAACUUCCAGAAAAAUCUGGCAAUAGCGGUACGAGGAUUACAAAGUCGGCGCUCCUCCCUUUGAGCGACCGAGUGGACGUUUUGCCGUCGGACGAGAACUUUAGCUGGUCCAAAGAGAACUACAGCAAGCUGCAAAGAACCAUCGAUGUGUGGAGCUUUGUGUUAAGCUUGAGAGCGAAGCUCUUCCUGAUAGACGCCAAAUGGUCAUACGUUGGAGGAUUCAGCGAAGAGAAGAAGAUUUCACGGAGGCGUAGCAUAGCAGUGUGGGUGAAAGAAUCCAUACUGCAGCUCGGACCAACUUUCAUCAAACUUGGCCAGUUGUUUUCGACGAGGUCGGACUUGUUCCCAGCUGAAUUUGUGGAAGAGCUUGCAAAGCUUCAGGAUCGAGUUCCAGCUUUUUCUCCAGAAAAAGCAGAGCUCAUGAUCGAAAACGAGCUGGAUACUCCGAUGCAGGUGCUCUUCUCGGAGUUUGAAAGGCAGCCUUUGGCAGCUGCGAGUCUUGGACAAGUGCAUAGAGCGGUGCUUAGAAAUGGCGAGCAAGUCGUGGUGAAGAUCCAAAGGCCUGGCUUGAAAGAGCUGUUCGAUAUCGACUUAAGCAAUCUUAAGUUUAUAGCGGAAUACUUCCAAAAGGACGAGAUGCUUGGCGGUCCUUUGAGAGACUGGGUGGGAAUCUACGACGAAUGUGCUACAGUUUUGUAUCGGGAAAUCGACUACAUAAAUGAAGGACGAAAUGCUGAUAAGUUUCGACGUGAUUUCAGGAAUAUCAAGUGGGUGAAAGUCCCUAAAGUUUACUGGGAUUUUACGUCGCGAAAGGUCAUAACACUAGAGUAUCUCCCAGGCAUUAAAAUCAAUGACUUGGCAGCUCUAGACGCCGGUUCCUACAAUCGCUCUCUUAUAGCAUCUCGGGCAAUUGAAGCUUACCUCAUUCAGAUCUUAAAAACUGGAUUUUUCCAUGCUGAUCCACACCCGGGAAACUUAGCAGUGGAGGUCGAUGGAUCACUUAUUUACUACGACUUUGGGAUGAUGGGCGAAAUCAAGUCUUUCACAAAGGAAAAGCUUCUGGAGCUCUUCUAUGCGGUGUAUGAGGAAGAUGCUUCAAAGGUUAUUCAAGGAUUGGUAGACUUGGGUGCUUUGGUUCCAACAGGAGACAUGGGACCUGUAAGAAAGACAAUACAAUUCUUCCUGAAAAACUUGACGAGCCAAAGACCCGAUCAAGCCACAACGUUCACGGCUAUAGGAGAGGAUUUGUUUGCCAUUGCUGUGGACCAACCAUUUCGUUUCCCAUCGACUUUCACAUUCGUGUUACGUGCUUUCUCGACUCUGGAAGGCAUAGGCUAUAUUCUUGAUCCAAAGUUCUCAUUUGCGAAGAUUGCUGCUCCAUACGCUCAGGAGCUUUUGAACAUCCGAGACUCUAGAAGGGAUUUCGUCCAGGAGCUCCAGCGCCAAGCUAUGGAAACACGGGAUGCAACAGUCGCGAUGCCAAUGAGAGUCCAGCACAUAGAGAAAUUUAUGCAGCAGCUGGAGGACGGCGAUAUCAAGCUCCGGGUGAGAGUUCUCGAGGCCGAGCGAGCAGCAAGGAAAUCCUCGGUUUUGCAAACCACGACCAUGAAUCUGGUGGCGGCUGCGACGCUGGUAAACGUGGGUGUGACUUUGAGCACCCAAGGACUGCAAGACUUUGCUAUAGCCUCUUUCCUUGGCGCUGGAGCAUUCUCGAUGUUCAUCUUCUGGGGGAUGAAACGCGUCAAGAGUCUCGAUAAGUUUGAAGAUAUGAUCAAGUAACAAGUGAAAAGCCAUAUACACAUUCAUGAAAAAAUCCAUUCUUUACAUACAUACAUUACAUUGCUAGAGUCUUUUACUAAA